AUGGCCUGCGUAUCAGACGACUUUCUGAAAGAGCGGACAAAGAAACUAGAGGAAGAUGAAAGUGCUGUACAGCCUGACGUCACGCUACAGGUGGACGGAGAGUCUUUUCACGUCAACCGUCUCCAGCUUGCUCUUGAGAGCCCCUACUUUCGGGCUCUGUUCUUUGGCUGCGGCGUUGAAAGCACUAAAAGGAAAAUUGAGCUCAAAGGGGUCUGCUUGCAGCAUUUCAGCGUGUUACUGGACCACAGCCGGACUUCCAUUCUCGCUUUGGACAGAGAAAACGUUUUAGGGCUUUUCGAGACUGCGGAUUUCCUCCAGCUGGAGAGAGCCAAGCUGCUGUGCUGCAAGUUUCUUGAACGUGAGCUCCAUGUCUGCAACUGUUUGGGAAUGAUGGGCUACGCCUGGCAGCGAGGUUGUACUCAGCUGUACGCCGCAGCAAGGCAGGUGGUCCUCACACACUUCUCUGCUCUUGUCUCAGAGGAGGACUUCCUGUCUCUGCCAAAGGACACUGUGGCACACCUUCUGGCCAGUGAUGACCUGGUCAUCUACAAAGACGAUCUGGCCCUGGAGGCGACACUUCGUUGGGUGUCAUUUGACCCAAAACGAGAGGAACACUUUCUGGAGCUUGUUGAGCUGGUGAGGCCAGAGUCUCUAUCGUUGCCGUUUGUUUCUAAACUUCUGGACUCCAUGACACAAACUUCUAACCCCAGAGCCAAGCUCAUCUACAUGCUGAAUGAACAUUUUCCAACAUCCUGGUCGCUAGGCAGGUCCCUGCAGAGGACCAGGGCCAAAGAAAGUCUCUUUGUCUUGGGCGGAGCUCAUGAUCAGGAGCAACAGGCAUCCUAUCAGUUUCACCCACUCAGUGGAAGAUGGCAAAAGUGUUCACCUCUGCAGAGGAAGAACCUCACACAGUACUCGGUAGCCGCAGUAGGAGACAGUGUGGUUGUGACAGGGGGCUAUUUCCGCGAUGUGCUGUGGUUCAGUGUGGACUGGGUCAGAAAAUACGAAUGUGGGAACCAACGUUGGGUGGACGGGCCCGCUUUGCAGAAGUCCAGACACAGCCAUUGUUCCAUUGCUCUUGAUUCUUUCCUGUAUGUCUUCGGGGGAAGCAUGGAUGAGGGGCUGGUGGCUGAUGUUGAAAGACUGCGCCCGGGAUCAGAAGGGGGCUGGGAAACCGUCAGUCCCAUGAUUCGGGCAGUGGAAAGGGCAGCUGUAGCCUCUCUGGGCUCGUGUAUCUAUGUGGCGUGUGGCCUGGAUGAAAACGGGGAGGCGUUUGGUGGAAUACAGAAGUACGACACCAAUCAGGAUCACUGGGCUGUAGUCUCCUACUCCCCCUUUCCACGAUAUGACCUGGUUGCGACCGAGCUCAACGGCGCCCUCUAUCUGUUUGGAGGUCAAGCCUUGCGCUUUGACGUGGAGACGGACGAGUGGACAGUUCUGGACGAGGAACCUCUGGAGAAUAAGUUCUUCUGCGGUUGCGCCGCAGUUUGCGGCCAAAUAUACCUGCUCUGCGAAAAGAAAGGCAACAAAGCACUCCCAAACAUGGUUUUGUUUGACCCUUACAUCGACACUUGCAUGGAGGUGGACAACGCUCUACCCUGCCCUGUGCCACUCAGAGGCUGUGUCACCAUUCAUGUGCUUACAUGAAGACGUGUGAUGCUAACAAAGACAUUCACCGAGCACAGCUCUCAUUGAAGAUCAAGGAAAUCAGUCACAGGUGAAAUGGGAAUUCCAUGCUUAGUGAAGUGUAGUGUUGAUAAAGUGAAUC